GAAAACAUAUUCUCACAAACAUUUUUCAAAGACUGAAAACAAAAAUCAGUACCAAAUUUAAAAUAUAUUUAUCUAUAUAAAUCCCUCAAUGGACGGAGAUCAAAUCCAUAAAACCAGCAGUGAUCAGGAGUUGGAAUAUAGUCGAUGCCCUCGCAGUUGCGUUCAUUAUGCCACAAUCGCGGAAUUUCUAACCAGUCUUAAUUCAAAUGACACCAAUUUGGGCUCGGUUCAGAGUAUUAGGAGCCUGAGCUUAGAGGACUACCUUAACACUGUGCGAUGUGCGAAAAACCAGCACGGGGAUAAUGAUAUUACCCUCGGAACCAGGAAUGUGAAGAAACCGAUGCAGGAUAUCAGCAGGCUAAAACAGAAGAAUUCAAAUUGUCCCAACAAACGCAAGCUAAAAUCAUUAUUCCGAAAAAAUGUGCAACUAAAAUAA